CAUGGAACCAAGUCCCGAGCCUCCGAGUUUGGAAACAAUGAAGGGAGACACCAGACAGCUCAGCAGAGAGGAGGACGCCAGCGGGAGGGAAGACUCCAUCCUCACCAAUGGGGACUGCAGCAACCAGUCCUCCGACUCAAAGGACGCGCCCUCGCCCCCGAUACUGGAGGCUAUCAGCACCCCGGAGAUCAGAGGUCGCAGAUCAAGCUCACGACUGUCCAAGAGAGAGGUCUCCAGCUUGCUAAGUUAUACUCAGGAUCUGACGGGUGACGGAGAUGGCGAAGGGGAAGAUGGAGAUGGUUCCGACACUCCAGUGAUGCCAAAACUCUUCCGUGAAACCAGGACUCGGUCUGAAAGCCCAGCUGUGCGAACCCGAAAUAACAGCAGUGCCUCUGGCCGGGAGAGGCACAGGCUCUCCCUACGUUCUACCCGAGGCCGGCAGGGCCGCAAUCACUUGGACGAGUCCCCCAUGGAGUUCUCAGCUACCAGGUCCCUGAGGCGGCGGGCAGCAUCAGCAGCAGGCACGCCGUGGCCAUCCCCCGACAGCUCCUACCUCACCAUCGACCUCACAGAUGACAGUGUGCUGCCCCAGAGCAGCAGUACCCCUUACACCCGCCUGGCUCAGGACAGCCAGCAGGAGAGCUUGGACUCCUCACAGGUGUAUGCCGAGGGCAGAGAUCUAGACGGCACUGAGUAUCAGGAUGGGAAGGAGUUUGGAAUAGGGGACCUCGUGUGGGGAAAGAUCAAGGGCUUCUCCUGGUGGCCUGCCAUGGUGGUAUCUUGGAAGGUCACCUCCAAGCGCCAGGCCAUGUCCGGCAUGCGGUGGGUCCAGUGGUUUGGCGAUGGCAAGUUCUCCGAGGUCUCUGCAGAUAAGCUGGUGGCCUUGGGGCUAUUCAGCCAGCACUUUAAUCUGGCGACCUUCAAUAAGCUGGUCUCUUAUAGGAAGGCCAUGUACCACGCUCUGGAGAAAGCCAGGGUGCGGGCUGGCAAGACCUUCCCCAGCAGCCCCGGAGACUCGUUGGAGGACCAGCUGAAGCCCAUGCUGGAGUGGGCCCAUGGGGGCUUCAAGCCCACCGGGAUCGAGGGCCUCAAACCCAACAACAAACAACCAGAAAACAAGACUCGAAGACGCACAGCCGAUGACUCGGCCACUUCCGCUGACUACUGCCCCCCACCCAAGCGCCUCAAGACAAACUGCUAUAACAAUGGCAAAGACCGAGGAGAGGAAGACCAGAGUCGAGAGCAAAUGGCUUUGGACAUUGCCAACAACAAGAGCAGUCUGGAAGACAGCUGUUUGUCCUGUGGUAGGAAAAACCCUGUGUCCUUCCACCCUCUCUUUGAGGGGGGGCUCUGCCAGACCUGCCGGGACCGCUUCCUCGAGCUGUUCUACAUGUAUGAUGACGAUGGCUAUCAGUCCUACUGCACCGUGUGCUGCGAGGGGCGCGAGCUGCUCCUGUGCAGCAACACGAGCUGCUGCCGGUGCUUUUGUGUGGAGUGCCUGGAGGUGCUGGUGGGCACAGGCACAGCAGCAGAUGCCAAGCUGCAGGAGCCCUGGAGCUGCUACAUGUGCCUCCCGCAGCGCUGCCACGGGGUCCUGCAGCGCCGGAAGGACUGGAACGUGCGCCUGCAGUCCUUCUUCACCAGCGACACGGGGCUUGAAUACGAAGCCCCCAAGUUAUACCCUGCGAUUCCUGCAGCCCGAAGGCGGCCCAUUCGAGUCUUGUCCCUGUUUGAUGGAAUUGCCACAGGUUACUUGGUCCUCAAAGAAUUGGGCAUCAAAGUAGACAAGUAUGUUGCCUCUGAAGUAUGUGAAGAGUCCAUCGCGGUGGGAACAGUUAAGCACGAAGGCAAUAUCAAAUAUGUGAAUGAUGUCAGGAACAUCACGAAGAAAAAUAUUGAAGAAUGGGGCCCUUUUGACUUGGUGAUUGGAGGAAGCCCCUGCAAUGAUCUCUCAAAUGUGAACCCUGCCAGGAAAGGCCUGUAUGAGGGCACAGGCCGACUUUUCUUCGAGUUCUACCACCUGCUGAAUUACUCACGACCCAAGGAGGGCGACGACCGGCCCUUCUUCUGGAUGUUUGAGAAUGUGGUGGCCAUGAAAGUUGGCGACAAGAGGGACAUCUCUCGGUUCCUGGAGUGUAAUCCAGUGAUGAUUGAUGCCAUCAAAGUGUCUGCUGCUCAUAGGGCCCGAUACUUCUGGGGCAACCUGCCUGGGAUGAACAGGCCCGUGAUAGCAUCAAAGAAUGAUAAACUCGAGCUGCAGGACUGCUUGGAGUUCAAUAGGACAGCAAAGUUAAAGAAAGUACAGACAAUAACCACCAAGUCGAACUCGAUCAGGCAGGGGAAAAACCAGCUUUUCCCUGUUGUCAUGAAUGGCAAAGAAGAUGUUUUGUGGUGCACUGAGCUAGAAAGGAUCUUCGGCUUUCCUGUACACUACACGGAUGUGUCCAACAUGGGCCGUGGUGCCCGCCAGAAGCUGCUCGGGAGGUCCUGGAGUGUGCCUGUCAUCCGACACCUCUUCGCCCCCUUGAAGGACUACUUUGCCUGUGAAUAGUGCCCCAGGCACUGGGGUGUGUGGGGCAGAGCUGGGACCCAGGCGGUGCAUCCCAGGCUCUGUCCUUCCUCAGCUCAGCUGUGUGGUGGGGUCACACCAUGUACCUUGGGUGAGAGCCGCCUGACACCCUCCUGGCUGGGGGAGCCCAAGGUGCCACUUCCUUGCGCACAAUUCACCUUGGCUGCUUGGAACAGCCAAACACGGUGCUCAUGUUGUCUUCUAAAACUUUGAAACUUGAAGUAGUUAGUAAAGAUGGCUUUUUUUCCCUCCUGGAUUUACCACUCAGAAACAAUGGCUAAUAUACCAAAACCACACUACUGACAGCUCUCCACUACUCAGGUUAAGGCUGAAAAGUCACCGAGACAGUUACUGCAAUACUUUUUUUUAAGCGUCUGCGGCAACUUGUUUCCAGCAAUGUGCAGUGGUAUACAUGUAGCUGAGGGACAUUUUAAGGGACCAGGAUGCUUUGUUCCUAGGGCAGAAGAGGAAUUUAUGUCUGCCAUUCUUGAAUUUUACCCAGCACGUUCCUCUGGCCUCAGUAUAAAGGGCUGGGAUGCACACUGUUGGGGCGCAUUGAAAAAUUUUCACACUGGUGAGGAUUUCAGCAGGGAUGACCUCAUAAUCACAUUCAGGGUAUUUUUCCCUCCACAGACCCAAGGGAAGGGCCAUCUUUAGCUAAAUCCCUCUCAGUGACUGCAGUAGACCCUUCGGGGAGCUCAGGAAGGGGUGGGCUGGGGUUAUAAGCUGCCAUAUAUUAUGUAGGCAGGUAUGGCUUCUAUCUUCCCCAUGUGAGGGGGCUGAAAAGGGAGGCUUAGAUAAGGACCCCCCCAAAUGCACCCUCCAGACAUCGCAGAUACAGGUCCCCCAGAUUAGAAGUAUGACCCCAACUCCUCAGUCUUUCUUUAAACACAGACGCAGUGACAGCCAGGGGUAGAAGCACAUUCCUCGCACUUUCCCCUCAUCUAAGAUUGCAGGGGGAAAACUGCAAUAAAAGCUCCACCUUCCUUCCAGAGAUUUUAAAGUCCUUUUUUAUUCCGUGAUAAUUUGUUUUUAAGGAUAACAGGAGGUUGGACAAGCUGCAUUUCAGAAAUGCUGUCGUAAUGGUUUUUAACACCUUUACUCUUCUUACUGGUGCUAUUUUGUAGAAUAAGGAAUAACUUUGACAGGUUUUGUGGGAGUUUUUUUUUUUUUUAUACACUUAAAAAAAAAAGUCUCAGACUUCUAUUUUUGUUCUACCAUUUUCAUAAAAAAAUUUUUUUUUUUUUGUAACCGGAGUCACAUAACAAGAAUGGGGAAAAAAUUGUGCCUUGUUUCAACAGUUUUGUUAAUUUUUAGGCUGAAAGAUGAAUGGAUGCCUAGAGUUUACUUUAUGUUGGAUUAAAAUCAGUAUUUCUCUAUAACA